AUGUUUGGCAAAAGACGGACUUCCCAGAAGCCCGACGAGGGUCUCAUCAAUAAGUUCCGGGCGACUUUUUCUGAUAUUGUCCGGCCUACCGAAUGCGGACCUCCUGGCCCCGUGAACGACCCCAACAAUGUUUCUACCCGAGGCACUCCUGGUCUUCGCUUUACGCCCUUACUGAACGACCAGUCUGGUCUCCGGUUUACGCCAUUUCUUGAUGACCACUCAAUUCUCACGCCAAAUCCAAACCAUCCUUACCAGAAUCAUAAUCCUGGCGGCUUGAGUUCAGUCUUCCAUGGCCCGGCCGGAGACUUGCACACACCACUCGUGGAGUCAAACUUCAUGACACCGAAAACGCUUCUUGAACAAUUCGCAGUCACUCCUCUACAUAGAAAUAACAUCGACCCAUUUCAUGAUACUUCAAUCGCGCCAUGCUUCGCACGAGAACCCCAAACUAUAGCUCCUGGCAAUCACAAUGCUGCUUACCCGCCUAGCGCAUUUGUUCACUUCGAUUUAGCUGAUGGGGCUGCUGAUGGCAGGAGCGAAGCAACCUUUCCAGGCGACGUCGACAAUCAAGGGAAUGGAGCCUCCCAGCUCGGUACGCCCCAAGACAGCCAUUCACCUGAAAAGAGACACCCAAGCCACGAUGAUCACCAGUUCAGGUAUCGGGUGACACUGAAUACGCCGACGGCCAUGGUUGAUGAUCCAAAACGUCCACCCGUGACAUAUCUCAAUAAAGCGCAAAUAUACACUCUAUCGAUUGUCGAUUCAGAGCAACCAGUGAUCAACCAAAUUGUCAGAUAUCGAACCUGGAUCCGCGUAACCUUCGAAGAUGAUGAACAGGCUUCAAACCCUGCCGCUUCUUGGGCCUUGUGGAAGGAGACUCGGGGCCACGAGGCAUAUCAGAAAGAUGGGAAUUUAUAUGCGAUUGAGUUUGUUGGUCUGUUCCAAGAAAAUCAGGGCCAAACAUAUGAUCACAUCCAGCUAGAGAGGAUCUCGCUGGAUGGAUUUUGUGUCACAUGGUACUCAGACCCAACCACGGGAAGACGAGGCUGCUCAAUGGGGGUCCGCUUCCACUUCCUUUCAACGGACUUCAGCCACACAAAAGGAGUGAAAGGGGUUCCUAUCAAGUUGUGCGCCAAAACCGAGACUGUCAUUCCAGGCCCUGCCGAGAUAAGCUUUUGCAAAGUGAAACUGUUCCGUGAACACGGGGCUGAACGAAAAAUGUUCAAUGACGUUUCUCAGCUGAAGCGGGCAAUUGAAAGACGGAGGCAAGAGUUUGUCAAAGCCGAAAGCGGAGGCGAACAUCUCGGAAAGCGAAAACGAGGAAGCCGCUCUGUCCUUUAUAAGAGCGACAAAGAACUCGAAAACGAGAGGAGGGACCAGCUGCAAAAAAGCUUGGAGGAGGAAUUGGCCAUGAUGCAAAACAGAUUUUAUUCCAAUCAACCGGUGACCAGUUUCUGUCUUCUCGGCAGUAUGAAGGAUGAUCCGGAUCUGUUCCCAAUCAACAUGGAAGAUGGCGAGACGCAAAGAAUCGACCGAGUGGACCGACGACCGACCUUGCAAACCUUGACGCCACAAUCAACAUUAGGCAGUGUGUCGAGAAGUUUCUCAUCCAACUCGGCAGAUCACCGGUCACCCAUGUCCCGCAAAGACCCAAAUUCACCAAUUCCGGCUUUGUCUACUAGAAAGGCUGAAUUGACAUUCAAUUCAAAACCCAAACCACCAGUUGCAUGUUUCUAUCUCCGCUUCCAGAAAAGCGGCGCACAGCAAGAUGAUUACUACACAGCGGUGUAUCUGACAGAGCGCACUGCGAAAGAACUGAUGGCGAAGAUAUCGCACAAACAACGCUUCAGUCAGGAUCAUAUAGUGCACCUGUUCCAUGUCAAAAAUGGAAUAAAAAUCAUCAUCGAUGAUGAUGUAGUCCAGCGGAUUCCGGAUGGUCAGGAUAUGAUCGCUGAAGUGUCUGAGAUUUCGAGCAAUAUGGCUACCGGUGGUGGCUCAACUAUCCAGGUUAGGUUAGACUUCUAA